AACUCUAGAAUAAACGUACAAGCAAGAUGGCCAAACAAUUGGUCAAUGGUCGAUUAGAGGUUAAUCAUUAAUAGAUUUUAUUAAUUACGUGUUUCAACUGCGCAAAUUACAAUAGAUUACAUAAGAUAAUACAAACUGGGAUAAAAGAGGUUUCCUUUUAAACGUGGCGUGUGUCGACGAAGACCCUUAAGACAUUCAGUUAAGCUUGCACACAUAAAUUUGUACAAAAUUGUCCAACAAUAUGGAUGUUUUAACACUACACGAGAAAUUUAUCCGCGAAUUAAUAAGUUUGUAUCGCGAACUACCAGCAGUGUGGAAAGUGAAGAGCAUCGAAUAUAAAAAUAAGGACCUCAAACGUGAGAGCUACGACAUUUUAGUGAGAAAGUGUAGAGAAUAUGUACACGAUGCCGAUAGGGAAUUUGUAAAGAACAAAAUCAACUCAUUACGUACCAGUUUUAGAAAAGAGUAUAAAAAGUAUUUAAAAUCGAAGGAAGAUUGUAAUACCGAGACAUAUGUCCCCAGGCUAUGGUAUUACAAUCUAUUAUUAUUUACAGUCCAAGACUCUGAUGAUCAAGAAGACGAUUCCUUGACUAUGAAUGAAGAACCAGGAUUUUUUGACCUCAAAAGUGAACCAGGUUCUCCACAUAUACCACUAACAGAAGAUAAUGAUCCACUUUCAACACAUGUGGCAAAGAAAUCAUUCCAUGUGGAUAUAACUCCAGUUGAAGAUGUAUACGACGCGAUUGGGAAAAACGUUGCUCACAAAUUAAGAGGAAUGUCACAGCAGCAACGUAUAAUUGCGGAGAAAAUAAUCGGCGAUGUUAUGUAUUACGGACAAAUGGAGAGUUUAACUCCAGAUUCACAUCUAACAUUUCAAAGUGAAAAAUAAAAACAGUUUUCAUAACGUGGUUUAUUUAAUUACU